CCAACGUUGCGUUCGCAGUUUAGGGACUUUCCUGCAGAGAACAGAGAGUACAGUGUCUCAGUUAUAUAUACAACCAGCAUAUCUGAAAUUUCUUCAGCCGUUCAGGAUUUUGGACUCAUGGUUUUGGUCUGGACCCCUUUUAAAAGAAUUUGAACCACAUGAAGCUUAAUCUUGAGGAGUUAUUCUCUCAGGAUGAAGAUGAUCUCCCUGCUGCUCCUCAUCCUCAGCUCAUGUCUCUGUGCAGCAACAUUUGUAGUGAAUGUGACCCAGAGCAGCUAUGAGGCAGAAGAGAACCACAGCAUCACUCUGGAGUGGACCUUCACCACCAGGACUCAGGGAUCCUACAGGGAUCUGUUCAUCUACUGUGAAGCGAUCAUGGAUCAUGGAGUCUUUGUUCUCUAUCAGGUCCAUGAUGGAGUUGAGAUUCCAGAUUCUCAGGAUGAUCAGUUUUCAGGACGAGUCCAGAUUGACAAAGACGUCCUCAGAGAAGGACGAAUCAGAUUCCAGGUGUCCAGACUGAGGACUGAAGACUCUGGUCUGUAUCUGUGUGACGUGAAAACUGAAGAUGGAUUUGGAUCUGAAACAUGUCGACUCAACGUCUCAGGUCCAAACUUUGCUAUAAUGACGGUUCCCGACAGAAACCUCAUCAGUCUGAUGCUACAUGAGGAAACCAUGAGGAGCGGUGAGCCUGCAGGUCAUCGGUCCAGGAUGUUUCUUUUAAUCCCCAUCAUUCUCUUCAUCAUUUCUAUGAGUUUACUUUUCAUCUUAGUCAUCUUCAGCUUAAAAAAAUGCUCCACAAUCACAAAAUUUCAGCAGAACCCCCUAAGUCGGGCCUCUGCCUCUCAGUUUGGAUGCUUUGGUCCAGAGCAGAGCUGUGAUGAUGUGGACCAGAACUCCAUCCAGUCUCUCAUUGUGAUUCCUGAUCAACCGCAGCAUCAUGGAAACCAUGGAGACGGAGCGAGUUGAGUCGAUCAGUCUGCGGUGCAUCGAUAAAACCAGGUUCUUCCUAAAGAAGCUCACAGACUCUGCAGGAAUCCCACAGACUUUCAGAUGAACAUGAGAAAAGGAUCUGGAUUUUCUCCAGAAAGAGGAAACACCUGAAGUGAAGUGUUUUCUUUUUUCUGUGCCAUGAAGUUGAGUCUGAAUACAGAUCAAGGUCUGACUGGGAGAUUUUCAGUGAACAAGAUCUGACUGAACGCCACAAAAACUGAAGAAAUGAGAACAGAUUUAAGGAAACGCAUCUCAGACCUUCAACCUCUCCAGAUGAAUGGACAGUGUGAGGAGAAUCACCAGUAACGACCUCAGCUGAUCUAGAAACGCUGCAGCAGGGAUCAAACCGACCCAGUGAAGAGUUGCUGGUUCUGAGCCUCAUGGAGACGUUUGAACGUUCUGCAUCGUUUGCUGCUCCGCUGGACGUUCUGCUGCUGACUAAAAUGUUCUCUUUGUCAAGACAUGUGGUGAUGAGAUGAUGAGGCAGACGCAGUGGACCCAGGUUGUGGAGAGGAAAUGUUGGUUUACACAAGGAUCCAGGCAGCAGAGUGAUGCCUGGAUCAUCACUCUGUGCUGAUUUACCACCUGUUGCUCUGGUAGCAACUGGUGGUAAAACAAAAAACUGACAACAAACUUGACGGCAGACAAGACUCCUGCGGACCCAACAAGGAACACGAGUGGGUUUAAGUACACAGGGAGACAAACGGGUGUUCUCAAUCUUGGGAUAGAUGGGAAAACAGAGAUUCAACAGAAGACAGAAACCUGAAUAAACAAAGAGAAAAAAAUUCCUUACACCAUUCAGAAAAACUGAAAACAUCAUGUUAAUGUUUUCAACUAGAGAAAUCCUUCUGUUUAUCUACACAAAAUUAUGUUUUGUACUUGAAUAUUUAUUAUUUUUCUACUGCUAUGUAUUAGAAUAAAGUGAAGUUUGAAAUGUUUCA